AUGGAGGAUUUUUCUAAUGCUUCGGCAUAUUGCCAACGACUCAAAAUGUUGGCGGAUCAGUUGAAAAAUGUAAGGUCCCCGAUUUCAAAUAAUUGGUUGGUGUUACAAUUGGUGGCCAGGCUCACGGACGCCUACAAUGGGGUUGGAACACUUCUCCAUCAAAGUAACCCUUUACCUAAGUUUUAUCAAGCUAGAUCCAUGUUGGUUCUUGAAGAAGCAGGCUUUGCCAAAAAGGCCUCCGUCGGUUUCUCUCCAUCGGCUAAUGUCAUGGCUUAUAAUGAUGACACUAUUUCCGACCCUCCUCCUUCUCGUGGUAAUAAAAAGCACUACAAAAAUCCGCAUAAUAAUACUCAAAACCGGGACUCCGUUCACAAGGGUGGCAAUUUCGGUGUGUCGUCUGGUGGAGGCCGCGGUGGCCGCAACCAUCACAGCGGUGGCAGGCGCCACAACGGCAACCCGCAGCAGUCGUCAGGUCCCCAGCAAUCGUGGAACAGCAGUCCCGACACCUUACAACAACACUUACCCAUGUGGCCUUGGGCAUAUCCUCCUUGCCCAUACCCCAGCAAUGGUUAG